AUGGCAGACUCGCCAGAAAUAGAAGACACGUCGAAUAGUAAUUCCCUUAAAAUAUCAUUACCUACUGUACUCUGCACUACUGAUUCCGAAGAAAAAACAGUCAAAUCUAUCAAAACUACGUUUGUUUCCUCCGAAUCUAAGUUAUCUCUGCCGUCCAAUUUGGGCACACCCACCUCUCCGCUAAAUCUAUCCUCUCCUUUAUCAUUACCGUCAUCACCAUGCGUGAAAACUUCAUCACAAUCGUCGGCUAACUCCUUACCAAAUCCAACCCCGAAACCAUUGCCCUUGAACAAGCAGGGUGAAAAUAAGACGUUGAUCAACUCCGGGUCCGCUACAGGUAAGUGA